UUCCGUUGUUCUGAAUAUAUCAUGUCUACUGAAGCUAAGCCUUCUGUCCAGUGCUUUGGUCGUAAGAAGAAUGCUGUGGCCGUUGCCCACUGCAAGUAUGGAAAGGGUGUGUUGAGACUGAACGGUCAGCCUAUUGAUGUGAUGCAGCCCGAAUGCCUGAAGAUCAAGGCUAUUGAGCCUGUUCUGCUUCUGGGAGCUGAGAGAUUCGCCAACCUCGACAUUCAUCUGACUGUGAAGGGAGGAGGUCGCGUGGCUCAGAUUUACGCCAUCCGCCAGGCGCUCUCCAGAGCGAUCGUCGCCUUCUAUCAGAAGUACGUUGACGAGCAGGCCAAGAGAGAGAUCAAGGAUCUUCUCGUGUCUUUCGAUCGUUCUCUGAUUGCUGCCGAUCCUCGUCGCUGCGAGCCCAAGAAGUACGGAGGUCCAUCUGCUCGUGCUCGUUACCAGAAGUCUUACCGAUAAAUGUUGGGCUGUUUUCGUCCUUUGGAUGGAAACAAUGGAAGUGCUUUUGU